AUGUUCCCCAACCCGGCCGCCGCCGCCAUGGAGGAGCAGUUCCGGCAGCAGCAACAGCAACAGCAGCGGCUCCUGGUGCUCUUCAACGCCUCUUCGCUACCGCUGGCCAGUCUCUGGCCGCCCACCCACCUCUCGGCCGCCGCGGCCAGCCCCGCCCUCGACCUGCCGCCCGACGCCACCUUGGCCGGAGAGGAGGCCGGGACGGGCGGCUGGGAUGCGGGCUCAGCCCUGGGCGUGGCGGGCGCGGUGAGCCCCUGGGACAUCGUGCUAUGCGCCACCGGGACGGUGAUGGCGGGCGAGAACGCGCUGGUGCUGGCCGUGCUCUUCUACGCGCCGGGCCUGCGAGCGCCGCCCUUCCUGCUGAUCGGCAGCCUGGCGCUGGCGGACCUGCUGGCCGGACUGGGGCUGGUGGUCAACUUCAGUGUGCGGUAUCUGGUGCAGCCGCCCAGCGAGGCGGCGACGCUGAGCGCGGCGGGGCUGCUGCUGGCCUCUUUCUCGGCCUCGGUCUGCAGCCUGCUGGCCAUCACCGUGGACCGUUACCUGUCGCUCUCCAACGCGCUGACCUACCACUCGGAGCGCACGCGGACCUUCACCGCCGCCUCUCUGCUGCUCCUCUGGCUGGCCUGCCUGGCCGUCGGGCUCCUCCCGCUGCUGGGCUGGAACUGCCUGCGCCAGCCCAGCGCCUGCAGCGUCCUGCGCCCGGUCACCAGGGACAACGCCGUGGUGUUGGCCGUGGCCUUCCUGCUCCUCUUCGCCCUCAUGCUGCAGCUCUACGGGCAGAUCUGCCGCAUCGCCUGCCGCCACGCCCAGCAGAUCGCCGUCCAGCACCAGUUCAUCGCCAGCGCUCAGGCCACCUCCACGCGCAAGGGGCUCUCCACGCUCUCGCUCAUCCUAGGCACCUUCGCCCUCUGCUGGGUGCCCUUCGCUGUCUACUCCCUGGUGGCCGACGACUCCUACCCGCCCGUCUACACCUACUCCUUGGCCCUGCCGGCCGCCUGCCACUCGCUCCUCAACCCCAUCAUCUACGCUUUCCGCAACCCCGAGAUCCAGAAGUCUCUGUGGCUGGCUUGCUGCGGAUGCAUCCCGGCCGGCUUCUCCUCCCGGCCCAGGACGUCCAGCGAUGUAUAG